CCUGGCCACUUCUGGGCCACUUUGCAGGUUUUAUUAUAUUCUUACCUGCAGGAAAACUCUAGCAUGUGCCCUGUGAGUUCCCUGCAGUUCAAAAUAGCUUUUACUGAUGGCAAGAAGAUUAAAGUUUCCAAUGCCACAUCACUGAGUCACACUUGCAGUUUACGAGUGAUCAGUUUGAGAUUUAAAAUCAGUUAAUUCAAGGUUCUCUCUGUUCCCCUUUCUUUUAAUCACCUCCUCUUCAUUUGCUGGAGAGGGAAGGGUUCUGCCCUAAGGUUAUGGGGUUGGCCGAACACACAAUACCCGGCCCUAGAAAGAUGGGGUGAUGGUAAUUUAUUAGUCACAGACACAAUCCAGAGGAAGAGGACACUGCCCACUACAGAGGGCCACUUGGGAACAGAGUGGGCAAGCAAGGGCUGUGAGAGGCAGGUUUUGUAAUAUCAGGAGAGUAUGAUGCUUCCUGCUUCACACAGGAAGCGGGGAUUGGCUGAUUUGAAUAAUGCUGUGGUCUGGCAGGGAACUGAAACUGCUACUCAGGAAUAAGCAGGAAUUGCACCCGGUUCCUUUGAUAACAAGGGUCGUUAAACCUGGGGAUCUUAUCUGUGGGAGCUGAGUGGAGAGCCGGGACCUUGUGGCUAAGCUAUUUGAGCCCUCCCGAUUUUGCCAGAAGUCAAGGCAGCACAAAAUUUGGACAUUAAGUUUAGGCCUCACACGACACUCUUCAUGUUCUUCCAUCCUCUCAGAGGUGAUUAAGUCUCUGGGGAUGCUUUCAAAUCUUCUGGCAGUUGGAAAGACACAGCCACUUCCCUUAUCUCUGCUGUGGGUGAGCUGGCCCACCCGAGGCCUCUUCUGGUUAGCCUGAUAUUCAGCACCCCUCUGGACACCUAUGUGUGGGGGUCUUUCUCCCCACUUUGAGGGUCUGCUAGUCUUCCUGGGAGGCCAGCUCACAGAGGAUCCAGGCAAAAGGGGCCUUCUCGUCCAGCUUUUCCAGCAUCUUUUCUGAGGCAUCCACUAGAACUAAGCUCUAGAAAUAGUCUUUCCUUGUUUUAACUCUUAUUUCCUUUUAGGCAAGAAAAAAUCAUUCUAAUUUAUCAUGCAUACUUCCUUCUCUCUGACUUGUGGUAUAAAUUUCAUGCUCCAGUCUUCAGGGUUUGUGGUUCUUGAUAUACAAAGCUGUUUUGUUUAAAACCAAACAAGAACUUUUCUCUCCCAAAUCCCAAGGAGGCUUAAAAUUUAAAAUUUAGUUUUUAUAAAGAACUGUUGUCUCAGUUAUUGGUCUUAAAAUAAUUCAUUCAAUGAAGAAUUGCUAGCUUUUUUCUAGAGUUACAGCUGCACUAUUUAGUUCAGUAGCCACAUGUGGCUAUUUACUUUGAUUAAAAUUAAGAUUAAUUUAAAUGAAAGAAAAUAAAAAAUUCAGGCUGGUCUGAGUGCAGUGGUGUUUACAAGUAAUUGAUCACAGCCAGUUACAGAUUUCUUUAUUCUUUUUCCACUCACACUGCUUCACUUGGCUAGCCUUUAAAAAAAGAAAAAGGAAAUUAACAAUUCAAUCCCUCAGUCACAGUAGUCACGUUUCAAGUGUACAACUGCCACAUGUGGCCAGAUGCUAUUCUGUUGGGCAGUGCAAAUAUAGGACAUUUUCACCAUUGCAGACUGUUGUGUCAGACAAUGCUAGUCGAGGGAGUAUGCCAGCCCUCCCUGUGAGGGCUCUGAACUGUGAAAGCCGAGGAGGAUGAUGUGGCUGAAGAAGGAACUUAUUAGUAUCUCAAAAUGUUUUCUUGCUUCAGUAACUUUGAGGAAAGUUCUGAACUUUAGAAGUAUAAGUAACUGCUUUUAUUGAAGUGUCCCCUCCAUGUUUUGGUAGAGGAACAUUUUUGGCAGCUGGAAACGUUCCUGCCUAUCAGUCUGUCACAGACAACAUGUACCAUGGGCUACCAGCACUGAGCAACUCUCUCAGGAAGAGCAUUUUUUGCCUCGCAGUUCCACCUACCCCAGCCACUGGAUCCGUGGAGCCUCCAGGCUGCAGAGCUCACUCAUGAUAUGAUCAUGGAAAUCACUGCUCUGAAAGCCCAACUCACAGACUUGGAAGAGGUGAAUCUGAAUCUCAAGAAGCAGAUUAGAAAAGACAUCCAAGAAGAAUAUGAAGCAUUGGUCCAAGCUUUGUUGAGACCUGUUUACACAAAAGAGAAGCUGGAUGAGAACCAGCUUAAUUUGAUCCAGAAAGUGUGUGAGCUCAUCGGUGAAGUGAGAACAGAAGGGACUGACAAUAUGAAGGACCUAAAGAAAAAAUGGGGCUCUGCCAGCCCUGAUGAAGGAAUGAAAGAAAAUCCAGCCAAAGCUCAACUGCUGAAGGAGUUAAAACAUAGAGUGACCCAGAAAGCUCUCACCCAGCAGGAGCUGGAUUUCAUGAAAACAUCCAGCAUGGAGCAGCUCUUGGAAGAUGUGGGGCAAAAGGAACAGGAACUGCAGCUCCUUAGUGAAGAGGCUGAGAAGGCUUCUAAGCUGGGCCAACUGCAGCAGAACAUGGAGAGAGACCGCCACCAGAUGAGAGCCCAGCUUGCCAAGGAGCGCAGCAUGAAGCUGGAUGCUCUCCAGCGUGUAGAGGAGCUGCAGAGUCAGCUUCAUGAUGCCCAGCAGUCAGCUGUCCCCAUGGGCUCACCAGGCGGCCUUACAUCCCAGGCUCGAUACUCCCCAAGUUCUGCUUCCACAUCAUCCAGAUACUGCCAGCAACACUUUUUAAAGACUAAUCUCACAGGGAGUAAAAUAACAGGACAGAUUCAAAGGCCACAGACUGUACCUAUUAAACACAAAAAAAGGAUUGAUGAUGUUUUCCCACCUAAUAUGGCAGAAAAUGUUCACCUGACAGCUUUUCAGGUCCAAACAGCUCCAUCCAGAUUCCCAUUUAGAGCUGACUGGUGAUCAUAUCUUCUUUUUCCAACCUUUAUUUCUAUGAGUAUUUGAAUGAAUAAAAAUAACCCUAAAAGCCAGUAUGCCUCUUAUUUUAUGAAUUUUUCUUAUCUGUACUUGGAAGAUAGUGUUGAAGGAUUGAGAUGAUUACAUCUUGAGUGUCCCAGGUGAAGUAAGGGGUUGGUCCUAGACUUUAAAACCUAAGCAUUGAUUUGCAUUCCUGUAAGCGCCAUGGUGGAGUGCCACUUGUGUGGCACACCCUCCAAUACCCCUUUGAGUGGUUUUGCAGUCUCAAUGAGUUUCCCAACCAUUUAAUAAGCUUUGGGCAGAUCCUCUCCAAUGAGGUCUGGAUCUCAGCCCUGAAGGGUAGUGUCUGGUUCCUGUAUCUGCUAUCCUUGUAUUCUUUUGAGUUCUCUUUAUUGCUUAUAAGCAAUAUGCCAAUUCUUUGUUAUAGUUAGUAAUUCUUUAUAUCAAACUUUCCCUAUAUGAAUUACUGUGUGCUUUCUGUUUCUUGAUUGGCCCAUGACUGAUACAGAACUUGUUCCAGGAGUGGGGUGUUCCCAGAGGAUAGACCUGCUAUGGUUUGGAUGUUUUGUCCUCUCCAAAAUUCAUGUUAAAAUUUAAUCCCCAAUGUGGCAGUCUGAAAGGUAAGACCUUUAAGAGCUAAUUGGGUCAUGAGGACUGUGUCCUUAUGAAUGGAUUAAUCUAUUCAUGAAUUAAUGGAUUUGUGGCUUGUUAAUUAAUGGACUAUAAUGGGAGUGAGACUGGUGGCUUUAUAAGAAAGGGAGAAAGACUUGGGCUAGCAUGCAAAGCUCCCUCACCAUGUGAUGCCUUGUGCUGCCUAGGUCUCUUUGGAGGGUCCCCACCAGCAAGAAGGCUCUCACCAGAUGUGCCUCCUCAACCUUGGACUUCCCAGCCUCCAUAACUGUAAGAAAUAAUUUCCUUUUUCUUUACAAAUUUCCCAGUUUCAGGUAUUAUGUUAUAAACAACAGAAAAUGUACUGAAACAGAACACAGAUGGAACUUGGGAUUUGUUUGGUUGCAACCUUAGGCUUUAACACAGUGCUGAGCUAAUAGGAAAUUGGAAUGUUAGUAUUCUUUGCAUGCAGUGGCAUCACAAUCACAUUAUUACCUGUGUGCUUUCUGUCUCCUGAUUGGCCCAUGACUAAUACAGAACUGGUACCAGGAGUGGGGUAUUUCCAGAGGAUAGACCUGUUAUGGUUUGAAUGUUUGUCCCCUUGAAAACUCAUGUUAAAAUUUAAUCCCCAAUGUGGCAGUAAUGAAAGGUGAGACUUUUAAGAGGUGACUGGGUCAGGAGGACUCUGCCCUUAUGAAUAAUCUCUUCAUGGAUUAAUGGAUUACCUUUGGUAGAUUGUGCUAAGUACCUGCGGAAGCAUGUGCCUUUAGAAGCCUAAAUUGUUACUACAUUGACUAUCAUGGCAGUCACAUUGACUAUAGAGACUGUGGUGUUAGGUGGAUUUUUCUGAAUGCACAUCAGCACUUAACGGAAGAAAAUGACAAGCUCAUGACCUUUAAUUCUAGGCUUAAGUCAUGGUCUGAAAACUAGAAAGCUUCCAUGAUAGCCCUAAAAGUAUCUCUUCACUUCUCAUAGUCACAGGGAUGACACUGCUAAAAAUCAAGCACAAAUUUGUAUUAUGGGCAUGCUAAAUUACAAUGAUAGUUGGAUUUACAAGCUCAUCAAGGUUCUCAUUUCCACUGAGAUGGGCCCUGUGAUUUCAAUGAAGAAAAUGCAAUUCCAAAGUGGAGGAGCCAGGUUGGCAGGCUUUAACUGGCAAAAGACAAGGUGGGCACAUCCAUUAUAAAGGGCAAUAGGGAUGUAUCAGUAGUUAGAAUUCCUUGGCCUGCGGAGAUCUUUGGUAGUUAAUGUGUCCCCAGGUAUGGAAUCAUAUGAAAUCACAGAGAAUUGCUUAAUGUAUGUAACAGAAAAAUCUUUAGGUCUAGUAACCAAAACUUCAGUCACCAUAGUGGAGAGUCACAGCCUGUGACCCAGAUUCCAGAUUUAAGUCAAUUCACAGACCAGAGGCCCUUGACUGAAGGGGAGGCUGGAUCUCCUUGAGGAAGGACCCUACACUGCUGCAGGUUCAUGUUAUAAAUCUUCCUCCUAACCAUUCCCUAUGGGACCUGCAAUCAUUUUCUUAAAUUGCUGUUCUUCAGAGAAAACAAAGUACCCAGAGAUUUUGAUGGUUACUAGACCCAGGGCCUAAAUUAAUGCUAAUUCUUGGGUACCCAAAACACCACUGUGGCUUACCAGUCAAAAUGAAGGCUUACAGUGGUCAGGUGAUAGAAGGAAUCAUAGCUCAGGUCUGAAUUACAGUAGACCAAAUUGGUACAUGGACCCACCCUGUGACUACUUCCCCAGUUCCUGAGUGAAUAAUUAGAAUAAAUAAAAUUAACAAUAUGAAGAAUUUCCAUAUUGGUGUUUUUGACAUAUGAGUUGAGAAUCAAUUACAGUAGGAAGGGAUCAUUGGAAGCCCCUGGAACUUGCCCUCCCUAUCAAAAAAGCAAACCAGAAGCAAUUCCACAACCCUGGAGAAAUGGCCCUGGGCAUUAAUGCCACCAUCAAAGACUUGAAAGCAGCAAGGGUGAUGAUACCUAGCCCUUUGUCAUUUAACUCACCACUUUGGCCUGUGCAAAAGACAGAUCUUAGAAAAUAACUAGGGAGUAUCAGGUCCACAUCUUAAUGAGGUAGUGAUUCCAAUUGCAGCUGCUGUCACAGACUUAUCUUUACUGAAAUAAAUUAAUAUGCUCCUGGCACUUGGCAUGCAGUUAUUAUCUUAAAGCCUUUUGUACCAUGAGAAGCAGUUUGCUUUUACCUGGCAAAGCCACAGUAUAUCUUGAUAGUCUUGCCUCAAAGCUUUGUCAGUUCUCCUCUCUGCCAUGAUACAGUCCAGAGCGACCUUGUUCAUCAUGAUAUUCCACACAAUAUCAUAUCGGUCCACCAUAUUGAUGACAUUAUGCUGACUGGAAAUAAUGAGCAAGAAGUGGCAAGUACUUAGGUGCUUAAUAAAACAUAAAAACUAGAAGGUGAAAGAAAAAAAUCCCGUAAUUCAGAAACUCAGUGAAGUUUCUAGGGGUUCAUUGAUUUGGAACAAGUUAAACUAUCCCCCUCCAAAAUGAAAGAUAAGUUGCUGCACUUCACACUAUGCACCAUGAUUAAAGAGACAUGAUAUGCUUGGUAGGUCAUUUCAAAUUUUGAAGGCAACAUAUACUUUGAGUGUGCUACUUCAACCCAUCUAGAGUCACCCAUAAGAUUAUCGUUUUUGAGUGGGGACCAGAGCAAGAGAAGGCUCUAUACGAAGUUUGAGUUAUAGCAUAAGCUGCUCUACCACAUGGGUCUUAUGAUCCAGCAGAUCCUAUGAUACUGAAAGUAUUAUGGCCUAUAGGAAUAUUGUGUGGAGCCUCUGUCAAGCACCAGUAGUAGAAUCACGGGGAAGCAAACCUACGUCUUUUGAAGAUUACUACUCUCCUUUUAAGAAACAGUUUCUGUCUUACUGCUGUGCCUUAGUAGAGACUGAAUACCUAACCAUGGGAUAGGAGGGGAUCACGGAGCCCGAGUUUUCCAUCAUAAUGUGGAUGUUGUUAGCUAGCCUAGUCAUGAACUUGGACAUGCGAAGCAGCAAUCUAUCAUCACACAGAAAUGGUACAGAAAUAGACUUAGCUUGCCUUAGCAGGUCUGGGAGAAGAAGCAUAGCUUGCUUGAACAGGUGGCUCAGACUCUUUCAACACUGUUUCAUUGCCUUCUCUCCCUCAACCCAUACCUAUGGUCUCCUGGGGGUGGUUCUAACAACCAAUUGGCCAAGAAAGAAAAAAAAAAAAUCAAGUCUAGUUUACAGAGUGGUCUGCAUGAUAUGUUGGUGGCAACCCCUUAGGGCAGUGGUCAAAAAAAAAA